GAAAAAAAUACGUCAGCCCGGAGGAGGAAGAGGAUGGGCCGAGGAGGUGGGAGUAGACAGGUAAAGGUGAGCUGCUCCGUCGCGCCCACAACGCAGGGAAGCAUACCGAUGUUUUGUUGACUCCUUUGUUUCUCCAUUUUGAGCCGCCUGCGUAAUCAAGAAAAUGGUGAAACAAGAGCAGGAGUUAGACAACCGGCCCGACAACACCGCCUUCACUCAGCAGAGGCUUCCUGCAUGGCAGCCUAUGCUCUCAGCUGGGAUUGUAAUCCCAGGGUUUGUCCUAAUUGGUCUGGCAUUCAUCGGCAUUGGCAUCGCCCUGUUUGUCACUUCUCGGAGCAUCCAGGUGUUGGAGAUAGACUACACUGGGGUUGCGCAGGAUUCACCGUGCUACAGGUGCUCUGACCCAGAUACUAAGGACUGUAUGUGCAGCAUGGACUUCUCCAUUGACACUCUAUUUAAGGGACCUGUGUUCUUUUAUUAUGGCCUGACGAACUACUUUCAGAACUACAGAAGGUACGGGGCGUCCAAAGAUGCUAACCAGCUGUCUGGAGACCUGAAAUACUUCACGAAUCCCAGUAGUGAUUGCUCUCCCUACCAGUACGAUAACGACAAACCAAUUGUGCCAUGUGGAUCAAUCGCAAACAGCAUGUUCAAUGAUACUUUCAAGCUGUAUCAGAUUGUCAAUGGGACAAGGAAGCAGGUCCCCCUUGAUGGUAAAGGGAUUGCUUGGUGGACAGACUACAACGUCAAAUACAGAAACCCCAGUGUCACACCCCUCGAGAACGCCUUCAACGGUACCGUGAAACCUGUAUUUUGGUCAAGACCUGCUUACAAGCUGGACCCCACAGACCCGGCUAACAACGGCUUCAUCAACCAAGACUUCCUGGUGUGGAUGAGGAGGGCAGCCCUUCCAAAUUUCAGAAAGCUGUAUCGACGAAUUACAGAGGGGGAUUAUGCAGAGGGUCUCCCGGCUGGAAACUACACCCUCGAAAUUGCCUACAACUAUCCUGUUCUGAGCUUUGACGGGGAAAAGAAGGUGGUUUUCAGCAACGUGUCCUGGAUGGGUGGAAAGAAUGAGUUCCUGGGAAUUGCCUACCUCGUUAUUGGUUCACUGUGUAUCGUCAUGUCUAUCGUCAUGCUCAUCGUCUACGCUAAAUUCAAGUUUCCUGAGGAGGACUGAGCAUCUGAUCGUGGAGUGUAGCUGACUGGGGUUUUAUCAGACCUGUCAACAAAUAUUUGAUGUGUCUACUCAAAGGGAUGAUGAAGGCAUUGCUUAGUUUUCAUACCAAAGGCUAGAAUCCACAUAUGAACUGUAACGUUAUUCUGUUUUGGACAUGAAGAUCAUGUCCUAAGGUGCAGAGGAUGCCUGGUUUUACUUUGUUGUGCAGAACAUGAUGCUGGAAUUCCCUUUUGAUUUGGAAAAUAGGAACUGACUUUUUGGACGCUGAGGCUUUAUUUCCAAUUUGGGAUCAUGUACUUGUCGGUAGGUACAUUAAUAAAAAUAAAUUCUUGUGAGUGCAAAACACUGCUAACAUAUUUUGCCAGCAGAGCUCUUUUAUCUCUGUAUUUCUUAAACCUGUGCUUCUUCAUCAUCAAAAAAACAGGUGCCUUCUCAGGUUAGGUCAGUAAUACUUUUGAAGCCAUAAAUUAUUUAAAAAGCCAUUUGUUACUGUGUAGGAAGUUACAUUUGAUGUGUGUGGAAUGUGGAACAUAACUAGCAAAUGAGUGUAAAAAUUGUGAAUAUAUUGCUCAGGGAAAUGGUGUACAGGCUCUUCAUCUUAUGCUGUUUUCAUGCUUGUAAUAGUUUUAACUAUGGUUAUUCUUUGGAACUGAGGUUUUACUAUAUGCUGAUAUUUUUUAAUAAACAACAAAACCAUUAUGUCA